AUGGAGACAGCCGGCAGCAGCGUCAAGCACGAGCAAAAAAGCGCUCAUAAAUGUAAGUUAUUUAAUUUUAUAUUGUGGCACUUAACCGCGCAGAUUAUAGUAGUAUUGACGUUUGAGUUUAUGCACUGCUCGACGACCAGUCAACCUGCCAUUUGGUUAGCACGUUAGCGUAUGCCGUAGCCGCAACUAAAGGGUAAUGUGGACCCGUGAUGACGCAUUAUAAAUACUGCUAUGUUUUCCUUCAGGGACAGAUGAGGACACUGAGCGGCUGAUCCGGUGGCGGGGACAGAACGAAGCCCUGUUCACGGGAAGAAGGAACGCUGCCCUAAAGGGUUUUGAGUAAGAAAUUUUUGUUCAUGCGCCGUGGAUUUAUUUAUUGUAAAUACACGCUUCAACUGGCCAGGUCGGCCUUUAGAUUUAUUGUUAUCAGAGCAGCAUUCUACGAGCCGCAAACGCUCCCCACCACUCGACAGAACAUAAUACGAGAGUUGGGUUUAUUACAAGAUGGGAAAAAAGCUACUGCCUUAUGCAGAAAUAAUAUGAAUAAUAUGAGUGGCUUGUAGGCACUUGCCACGUUCAUAUGCCCUUUUGAUUGCCCCUUGUUUGUCAUCCUUGUUUAGGGCUUUCAUCAAGGAGCAUGGGCUGGAGGGCCAAGUGGACCCAAGUUUUCCCCCCAAAAAAAGGGAAAACCUAAAGCAGAAGUAUAAGGUAGGUGGAGGUGUGACAAACACUUCAGUAUUUAUGUUUCGCAUCAAUACAGUGAAUGCUUAUGUUUUUAAAUUUUACUAUAUAAUCUGACUAUGUCAGAGUUCAAACAGUCAGUGUGAGAGUGAUCUAUGUUAUCAGAUUAUCUUUGUGUGUGUGUCAUAUGCCAGGUUCUCAAGGCACCACCAACGGGGGUCAGCGCAGAGAGAGGAGAGGCCACUGCUGCAAACUGGAAAUGGUUUAAUAUCAUGGAUGAGGUGAUGAGGGACCGUCCCACCAUAUCACCGCCCAACCUCAUCACCUCAUCCAUUACACCAGCAGCAGUGGCCUCUCCUCCAAAUCCCCCUUCUGAGUCUCCUCCUGUGAGAGUGAGGAGAACAAGCGACUAA